UACAAGGAGGAGGUGAUAGUAUGGGACAGUCCUCUGUGGGGUCCUCAGAAGGCCCAAGGAAGGACCUCCACAUGCUGGCUGCAGUGGACUCUCUGGUGGCGGCCCUCUGGGGCUGGCUCCACCUCCGCACUCUCCUGCUGGGCGCUGUUGUCUUCCUGUUCUUUGCAGAUUUCCUCAAAAGGAGGCGCCCAAAGAACUACCCUCCAGGACCCUGGAGAAUACCUUUCUUGGGAAACUUCUUUUACCUGGACUUUGAAAAGACUGAUCUGGCGAUUAAGCGGCAUGUGAAGAAAUACGGAAACCUUGUUGGUCUGUAUUUUGUUGACAUACCUUCAGUGCUUGUAACGGGACUGCCCUUAAUUAAAGAAGUCCUUACCCACACGGACCACGAUUUUAUGAACCGUCCCUUGCCCCCUAUCCGGGAACGUGUAUUUGGUAAUAAUGGACUGAUCAUGUCCAGUGGCCACACAUGGAAGGAACAAAGAAGGUUCGCCCUGACCACACUAAGGAACUUUGGUUUAGGAAAGAAGACCAUAGAGGAACGCAUCCAGGAAGAAGCCCACCACCUUGCUGAGGUCAUAGCAGAGGAGAAAGGGCAGCCUUUCAACCCUCACUUCAAGAUCAACAAUGCAGUUUCCAAUGUAAUUUGCUCCAUCAUCUUUGGGGAGCGCUUUGACUACCAGGAUGCUGAGUUUCAGGAGCUGCUGAGGUUACUGGACGAGGCUAAUCGUUUGGAAGCAUCUCUUCUGUGCCAAAUGUACAAUUUCUUUCCACGGAUAAUGGAAUUCCUCCCUGGACCUCAUCAGACUCUCUUCAGAGACUGGGAUGAACUGAAGUCAUUUGUUUCUCGUGUAAUUGAAAAUCACAAGAGAGACUGGAAUCCUGAUGAGCCAAAGGACUUUAUUGACGCUUACCUCAAGGAAAUGGCACAGCACCCAGACAAGACUACUUCCAGUUUUGAUGAAGGAAACCUCAUCCUUAGCACCUUGGACCUCUUUCUUGCUGGGACAGAGACGACAUCCACAACACUGCGCUGGGGUCUGCUAUACAUGGCACUCUACCCAGAAGUCCAAGAAAAAGUACACGCUGAGAUUGACAGAGUGGUUGGCCGGGUGCAUCACCCAUGCUUGACCAACAGAGAGUCCAUGCCCUAUACCAAUGCUGUCGUCCAUGAGGUGCUGAGAAUGGGCAACAUCGUUCCUCUGAACGUUCCCAGGGAAGUGAGUGUUGAUACCGCUUUGGGUGGAUACCACCUGCCAAAGGGGACCAUGGUCAUGACCAAUUUGACUGCGCUGCACAGGGACCCCACAGAGUGGGCGACUCCAGACACAUUCAACCCAGAGCAUUUCCUGGAGAAUGGACAGUUUAAGAAAAGGGAAUCCUUUCUGCCUUUCUCAUUGGGAAAACGUGCAUGCCUUGGAGAACAGCUGGCUAGGUCUGAGCUGUUUAUUUUCUUCACUUCCCUUCUGCAAAAAUUUACCUUCAAGCCCCCCAAGAAUGAAAAGCUGAGCCUGAAGGUUAGGAUGAGCCUGACACAUGCUCCAGAGAGCUACAACAUCUGUGCUAUCCCCAGGGCAUGAUGCCUGAGAAGGGAGUGAAAGGCAAGAAAGAAGAAAUGGCAGCUCUCUGAAGCCUCUGGUGCCCACACAGAUGUGAGGGGACAGAAUGGAGGUGGGGGAGGAAAGAAGCGAGGAAUUGGGCUGAGAGGAAAUUGGAUCACCAUCCGAGCUCUGCUAUUUCCUUCAGAAUCAAUAUAGGGCAAUCAUGUACGGAUGAUGUGAUUUAUUUUUUCAUCCUGGAGAUGGGAGGAAUGGGGAUUUUUCUCUCUCUAAAUACAGUUCUGUGUAAGAAUCAAAGGAAAUAACAGAAUAAUGGACUUUAAUUGAUUUGUAAGCAAUAAAGCACAUGAUAAAAUUA